CUACGCGGGCCAGUCCGGGCGUUCCCGGGCGGACGGAGGCUGCGGGUGGGAGCCUUCGCGGGCGCUGCGGCGCGGGCCGGGGGAGGCCGGGAUGGAGCCCCCCGGAGGGGACUGACGCGAGCGCGCCGGGGUCGCCGACGGCCGGGCGGAGCGGACCAUGGCGCACCUGAGGGGAUUUGCCAGCCAGCACCCCCGCGUGGACCCCGAGGAGCUCUUCACCAAGCUGGACCGCAUCGGCAAGGGCUCGUUCGGGGAGGUGUACAAGGGCAUCGACAACCACACCAAGGAGGUGGUGGCCAUCAAGAUCAUCGACCUGGAGGAGGCGGAGGACGAGAUCGAGGACAUCCAGCAGGAGAUCACCGUGCUCAGCCAGUGCGACAGCCCCUACAUCACCCGCUACUUCGGCUCCUACCUGAAGAGCACCAAGCUGUGGAUUAUCAUGGAGUACCUUGGUGGUGGCUCCGCACUGGACCUGCUGAAGCCCGGCCCCCUGGAAGAGACCUCCAUCGCCACGAUCCUGCGGGAGAUCCUGAAGGGCUUGGACUACCUGCAUUCGGAGCGCAAGAUCCAUCGGGACAUCAAAGCCGCCAACGUGCUGCUGUCUGAGCAGGGCGACGUGAAGCUGGCGGACUUCGGGGUGGCCGGGCAGCUCACGGACACGCAGAUCAAGAGGAACACGUUUGUGGGCACGCCCUUCUGGAUGGCGCCCGAGGUCAUCAAGCAGUCUGCCUAUGACUUCAAGGCUGACAUCUGGUCCUUGGGAAUCACAGCCAUCGAACUUGCCAAGGGGGAGCCCCCGAACUCCGACCUGCACCCCAUGCGAGUCCUGUUCCUGAUCCCCAAGAACAACCCACCCACGCUGGAGGGUGCCCACAGCAAGCCCUUCAAGGAGUUCGUGGAGGCCUGCCUCAACAAGGACCCCCGCUUCCGGCCCACGGCCAAGGAGCUGCUGAAGCACAAGUUCAUCACGCGCUACACCAAGAAGACCUCCUUCCUCACUGAGCUCAUUGACCGCUACAAGCGCUGGAAGUCGGAGGGUCAUGGCGAGGAGUCCAGCUCCGAGGACUCUGACAUUGAUGGAGAGGCCGAGGAUGGAGAGCAGGGCCCCGUCUGGACGUUCCCCCCGACUGUCCGGCCAAGCCCGCACAGCAAGCUGCACAAGGGGACAGCCCUGCACGGCUCACACAAGCCAGCGGAGCCAGUCAAGAGGCAGCCCAGGUCCCAGUGUCUGUCCACGCUCGUCCGGCCCGUGUUUGGAGAGCUCAAAGAGAAGCACACGCAGAGCGGCGGGGGCGUGGGGGCCCUGGAGGAGCUGGAGAACGCCUUCAGCCUGGCGGAGGAGGCCUGCCCUGGCAUCUCGGACAAGCUGGUGGUGCGCCUGGUGGAGCGUGUACAGAGGUUCUCACACAGCAGAAACCACUUGCCCUCCACCCGCUGAGGCUGCUGUUCCCAGGGGGAGACAAGCUGUCGUGCUUCUGUGCACCUGCGAACUAUGCUGACCCAGAAGCCCCCGUGCUGUGUCAUGACUGCAAGGACACAUCAGCCUGCAGGCCCCGCGUGCUGGGUCACGUCCCCUCCUGUCCCCCGACCUGGUGGACUGAGCACCCUCUGGCCCCUGUGGAGUGACGAGAUGCGGCCACCGGGCAGCUCUGCCGUUCCUUAGCAGGGGUGCCGGCCCGGGGGCCCCGUGCUGUCAGAUCAGGUACUGUCUGCCUGAGCUCUCGUGUUGUCAGGACGCUGUGUUUUUUUAAGAAAACUGAACUUUUCUUGUUUCCUUAAAUAGUUUUCGUAGAAUAUUGAGAGGCACUGCCGCUUUCAAUAAAGACCUGACUUGGUGA